CCCAUUAUUCAGUCGAGAAUCUGUAGGCUUGAAGUACGACAACAGACCAAAAGUCGUUCGAGGACGCGUUAUGCGACGCCUUACACUAUCUCGUGCCACCAGGCCUCAGGCUAUCGCGUGUUGACCAGUUGGUCGAAAAAACCAGGAUUGCUAGUCUAGUUACUCCUCUGACCUGGAAUACCCCUCGGACUUGUGCAUAUCGAUCUACUCGUCACUGUUGUACUCUCAGGUUACGACCGGCUCUGAACCAUGUUGACCCAAUCGGAGAAGAAAGUGUUGUGGCACCCUCGCGGAGAGAAUAGGUUCAUCGUUGGUGGAGGAUCGCAAAUUACUCUCUAUGAAUGGUCUCCGGAUGAACCAGCCAUUCGGCAUGUUACAUCUCAGCAAGAUAUGCAACACAUGAAGUGUUUCGCAUGGUCUUCCGAUCCUCAAUAUAAUGACCUCCUCGCUGUCGGCCUGAACACAGGCCACGUAAACCUCCUGCGGAUCGAAGCUAACCGUUAUGGCCAUGAUCGCGCUCUCAGAAGCAAUCCCAACACAUUCCUCCCGCCCAAGAGCUCACGCGCGUGCACCGCCCUCGCAUUCAGUCCGAUAGCACCUCAAUACCUUGCUGUCGGGCUUGACAAAGUCCGUGGCGACUCCAGUCUCGUCGUCUGGGACGUUCAAACCACAACAGCCACGCUCUCAUCAACAAAUCCGUCCCCUUCGAGUCUGCACCAUCCGCCAAACGCCCCGCCACCGUCCCCUGCUCGUACCCCCUCUUCUAUUCUUCCCAAUGCCUCCUCGCCUACUCGUCCGUAUCCCAUCAUUCCACGGGGCGAACUUGGUCCUCGAGUUGAUCCACGCAUCCUACAAGCGCAUGCGCCCACCGAGUCUGUCCAUACCCUCGCCUGGCUUCCCAAUACCCCUCACCUCCUCGCAGCCGGUGUCUCUCAUCGCUGGCUCCGUCUCUUCGAUCUUCGUAACGUAGGGGCCGCUGUCACCCACGCCGCAGGCCGGAUUCAUGCUCUUGCCCCCGACCCAUCUUCCCCGCAUCGCAUAGCUACAGCUGGCGACAAUGUCGUCACGAUCUGGGACGCACGCAAACUCCCCACUCCAUUGCUCACAUUUACUGGUCGAGACGCCAUGGGUGACGGAGCGAAAGGACAAAAUGGACCCGUAGCUGAGAUCGAGUUUUCGACCGUCCGUCAUGGCGUGCUCACCACACUGCUCAAGGAUACGUCACACGUUCGGUUUUGGGAUAUUCUGACCGCCGAUGCGACGACGAUGUCGCCCGCUCAGGGCAAGUCUGGCGAUCUUCCCGGCCAGAUCCAACCACAGCAGAGGACGCCUAAGUUGUCGUGGUCGAAUCCGACAAGUAUGCUCUCUUGGGGUGGGAGUGCUGCUGCCGGGAGCGCAGUGCCGCCUAGUUUGACUUCGAUAGCUCAAGGCGACCAGCAGACGGCGGUUUCGUACAACCUCGUGCUGGCUGGCACCCGACGAACAAAACUCUUCUCGAGUCCCAUCGUAUCCUACUGUCUUAUGCCCAGCACCAGACGGAACCCUCUUGCGUCCUCGCUCAUGACAGUGACCAAAGAAGGCGAUCUCGAAGCCGCCUCCAUCCACGACAUACCCACACACGCACCUUGGAGUUCGCGAGGCUCCCUCGCUAUUUCCGCCGCCACAAAUUAUCGCGUCUUCUCAGGAAUCCCACCAGGCGAUAAGCCUUUAGAGCCAUGGGCUAUUUCUCCAUCUACCAUCGGAACCCCUGCUCCCCAAGACCACAGAAUACUGUCCACGAGACACAGCGACGGGCGAUCCUUGGGGCCCGGUGGCGACGAGGGUUCGCUCAUGGCAAGGGGACGGGCGAAAGGGCAGCCUGCAUCCACAAACGGUGGCGCUGCUAGCCCCGCGACAUUCGGCAGGGGAGACGACGAUGGUUUCCCUGCGCUUCUGUCUCCUCCCCGCCCUCAGUCUUCUAAACCUCUCCACGGUUCACCUGGACCCACACAAAGCCGUCUAAAGACCCCCGUGGCGAAACACCCUCAUGGUUAUGGUACCAGCGGUCCAUUCCGAAGUUUACCUCCCUCGCCACAUAAUAAAUCGCUUCAAAUAGCGGAUCUGGCACCUGGGGAACCGUCCUUGCGGGCUUCUCCUGCCCCUAGACCUGGACCACAUCCUUAUACGCAGACGAAUGGUCACUCGACUGUAAACAGGAUCGGCCUGGGGAUAUCGGAGGGGUCGAAGGGUAAGAAGGACAGGGAGGUGUCUGUUUCGAGGGCGAGGAGCUCUGGGAGGUCUAAGCGGAGACCUGUGGAGAGGAUUCAAAGCGUGGUGGACGAGGAUAUCUCGAUGGUAAUGAGAGGGAGAGCCGCGAAAGGGUAUGGACUGGCUCGUCCGUCUCAAAAUGUUGCGGUCUUGACCUCCCAAAACGAGGACCAAGAGGACAAUAAAGGUCUCAUCGAGCUAUGGCGGUGGAUCGACCACACCCGGCCUCUCCUCUCUGUACCCACUCUUCAUACAAAUUACUACGACUUUUCUGUCCAAGGAGUUUUAGGAAUUUGGGAAGGCUUUCCUUCUUCAGCAGCUUUGAGCCUCGCCACUACCGUCACGACAUCCCUCACCACAACUCCAGCUCCUCGUACCAACUCUGAUCUCCUCGACCCACUCAACAGUCUUAAUGCGUUGCACGAUUUUCAACCUAUAUCGCGUCCACGAUCAGGGCGGGGUCGCGACCGUGGUUUGCGAGCGGAUCGUCAGAUCGACUUCAAUGCUGCCAUCGUUGCGCUUUGUCAAUAUCGGGACGAGGACUUGGAUAUGACUGGUGACAGCGGGGCAUGGGUGCCGGCGACGUCUACGAAAAAGUCCAUCCAGAGGAAGUUGGCAUUGAUGGUAUGUAAGUGGAGUCUGAAAGACGGUGAUAUCGCGUACCAGAUCACCAGGUGGGAAAAGGAAGGAAAGUGGUCUCAAGCGGCUUGCUGGUUAGUGUUCAUCGGGAAGUACGAGAAGGCCAUCGAAUUGUUGAUGAGAAGCAAAGAUGAAUCCCACCACAUGAUGUCCGGAACAUUGGCUGCGCUGGUGCCUUCGACUUCGAGCAAGACUCCUCCACCGGAACCCCUACGAAGUCACUGCGAACGUCUUAUCAUUCGGCUCCAAGAUCCCUACUUUCGCGCCAUGCUCACACACCUCACACUUGGUGACUGGAGCGAGGUUCUCGAAGAAGAAGCUCUGCCCUUACGUGAACGUCUUGCUAUCGCUCUCCAGUUCCUCGAUGAUGAAGCCCUCUCAGCCUACCUGCACCGCGUAGCCGACCGUGUCACCUCCCAUGGCGACGUCGAAGGCAUUCUCGUUACAGGUCUGACCCCCCAGGGUAUGGAUCUCCUUCAAGCUCACGUUGACAGAACAGGAGACGUACAGACUGCAGCCAUCCUUGGCGCGGCCGUUCAUCCGCACAAAGUGAAAGAUCAGAGAGCGGAAAGAUGGUUAGAAACGUAUAAGGACCUCUUGGAUGGAUGGAGGAUGUUCCAUCAUCGAUGUCAAUUGGAUAUUGAGAGAGGCGAUAUGUUGCAAGAGCUGGUGCGGAACGGAGAGGCGGAGAUGGAUGCUGUGGCGUUGGGGUUGGUGCCAAGGCAGGUGCUGCUGAGAUGCAACUACUGUAGCAAGGUCAUUAGUGCACCACAGGGUAGUACCAACACCAGCUCUAAUCGGCCAUCUGCGUGUCCCUUCUGCAGUCGCUCUCUUCCUAGGUGUUCUAUUUGCUUGAUGCACCUCACGAUUGUGCCAGAUAAUGUACGGGAUGGUCAACUAGCGCACCAUAAUGCGUCCCUGAGAGAUACCAUUGAGGAUGCUAUCGUAUUUUGUCAGACCUGCCGUCACGGUGGACAUGCAGCACAUAUCUUGGAUUGGUUCUAUGGAGAGGCCGGCGAGAGGUCACAUGGAUUGUGCCCUGUGGCGGAUUGCAAUUGCCGUUGUGCAGACGAAUUCUGAGCCCCCAGUCUUGCAGUGUUCGCUACCACUUUCGAUAAUUUCGGGCAUAAUACAUACAUAGACUACGCCGGUGGCAUAAUUAAUAACACCUAUGGUGCAAACGGCUUAGACGCCGCCACUUCUGUACACAACGUUGAGGACGGUGCCGCGGGCCGAGAUUUGAGAAUUUUCACUAUCCCUCUUCCAGAAACACUCCUUUUGAUGUAAGGAAGAGUUCCUCUAGAGGGAUUAUCCAAAUUCUCAAAACUGGCAAAGAUGAACUUUUGGAUUUGGCCACCCCGCCAAAUAAUAAUAUUUAAUUCAUUUGUUUAUUAUUUUCCGAAAACC